AUGGCCCCCAACCCAUCGUGCUCUGCCCUCGCAGCUGCGAAGGAUAAGAAAGGUUUGUCCUAUGGACAGAUCGCAUCUGCCCUUGGUGAGCCUGAACAGCAUGUUAUCGAUGUGUGCACCGGAAAGAAACGCCCCACGGAUGCUGAAUUUGAUGCACUUGCACGCGUGUUGGACAUUAAAUCGCAAGUACCGCAUGAAGGCGUACACGCCACCAACUAG